UGAGGUUACUGGCAGCAGACUGAAAGGCGAUUCCUUCACAAUAAGGGGGACUGAAGAGUAUAAAGUGGAAAUGCAAACUGGACUUGGAACCAAAACUGUUCAGGAAUUAUCUCAGCUUCAGUCCAGCAGUGACACUCUUCUGUUCCACUCUCAUUGCUGUUGGGGUGCUUGCUUAUUCCAGAAAGAUCACUGCAACACUGCUUGAAAACUCUGAAAGGUGGGCUCUUAGCAGCCUCCUCGGGAGCAUAUACGGCCACUUCCAUUCAACACUUGAGCGAGCCAGGCCACUUGGGCAGCCUCACUGAAGCCCACAACUGUGUCAAGAUGACUGACAAUAUCUUCUUGUUUGAGGGGAUCCAGAUGCUGUCUGACUUCCUUAGUGUGGAGUCUCUGUCUUUUGCUCAGAACUUUUUGGUGAAAGAUGAUGAUGUCAUCAUAGUGAGCUACCCUAGAUCAGGAACACACUGGAUGAUUGAAAUGGUCAGUCUCAUUGUCUCCAAAGGGGACCCUACUUGGGUCCAAACUGUCAAAAAUUUUGCCAGGUCUCCAGGGCUUGAGUCUAAAGAUGAGCAGAAACUAUUGCUAGACCUGGCUGGACCACGUCUCAUGAGUACACAUCUUCCCAUACAACUGUUUCCCAAGUCUUACUUCACAUCCAGUGCUAAGGUUAUCUAUGUCAUCAGGAAUCCAAGAGAUGUUGCUACAUCUUCCUAUCAUAUAGUUAAUGAUUUUAACCUUUUGAACAGUCAACAGACUUUUGAUGAAUAUCUUCAUGCAUUUAUCCAAGGCGACGUGAUUUUUGGAUCCUGGUUUGAUCACACACUUGGAUGGUUAACCAGGAGAGACACAGAGAACUUUCUACUAAUGUCCUAUGAGGAGCUACAGAGGGACCUCAGACGCAGCACACAAAAAGUGUGUCAAUUUCUGGGCAAAUAUCUGACUCCAGUACAGCUUGAUUCUGCUGUCCAAAACUUGUCCUUUUCAGUCAUGAAAGAGAAUAGCAUGUCCAACAGCAUAAUGCUAAGAAAUCCCAAAGAUGGCACUGUCUCCAAUAUACCAUUGCUGAGAAAGGGCAUCUGUGGUGACUGGAAAAAUAUCUUCACUGUGGCUCAAAGUGAAGCCUUUGACAAAGUCUAUCAGGAGAAGAUGUCGAUGCUGGAUCCUGGUCUCUUCCCCUGGUCGGCAUGAUGUUGAUCAGUGCCCCCACCCACCUACCCCCUCACCACUCUGCACACCCUCAUCCCGGAUAGGGUUUCUUAGUGUAGUCCUGCUGUGCUGGACUUAGCUCUGUAGACAGGCUGGCCUCGAACUCAGAGAUUUGCCUGCCUCUGCCUCCUGAGUGCUGGGAUUAAAGGUGUGCACCACCAAUGCCUGACUGUCUGGAUAAAAGACUCUUAACAUUUUAAGGAUUCUGAGUGUUAGCUACUAAACUUAAAAAAAAAAAUCUAUCUGUGCCUUUUUUUUUUUCUUUGUCAUCUGGAUGCAAGUUAGUCAUCUGGGACCAGGAAAUCUGAUGGAGAAAAUGCCUCCAUCAGAUUGGUCUUUAUGAGGGCCCAGGCCACUCAAGGUGGUGCCAUCCUUGGGGAAGUGGCUCUGGGUUGUAUGAAAAAAAAAAAAGUCUGGGCAAGUCACAGGGAGCAAGUCAAUAAGCAUCAUUCCUCCACUGUCUCUACUUAGUUCCUGCCUCAAAUUCCCAUGAUAAUGUACCUGUAAGCCAAAUAAACCCUUCCCUCCCCAUGUUGCUUUUGGUCAGUGCUUUAUCACAGGAAUGGAAUGAAGAUUGGAAUACUACUAUCCUUUUGAGUUGCCAGGUGGUUCAUAUCACAAAACUCAGAGCAAAAUAAUUUUUAAAAAACUUGAGUCUAGAGUAGACAUAUCUGUACCUGGUUUCUAAAACUGAAUUGCAAGUAAGGUAUUCAUAAUAAAAUGUCAAUUUAUUGUCACCUUCAAA